CUGGGCCUUGCCAGCCUGCUGUUGCCAUGGGUAUACCAGUCUUCAUACUCGCUGGCCUCCUUGUGCAUUGUGUGUUCUUAGUCUCCAUUUUUGACAUCUACUUCAGCUCUCCCCUGGUUCACGGUAUGACUCCUCAGCAGGCCCCGCUGCCACCUCCGGCAAAGCGUCUCGUACUCUUUGUUGCUGACGGUCUGCGGGCAGAUUCGCUGUAUGAACUGAACAGCAACGGUACGCCCCAAGCACCUUACCUGCGGGCUAUUCUCGAGACUAAUGGCAGCUGGGGGAUCUCUCACACCCGGGUCCCAACAGAAUCCAGGCCAGGGCACGUUGCGCUCAUAGCUGGCUUUUAUGAAGAUGUCAGCGCAGUUGCUAAAGGGUGGAAGGAGAAUCCAGUGGAAUUUGACUCUGUUUUCAACGAAAGUAAAUAUACUUGGAGCUGGGGAAGCCCAGAUAUUUUGCCAAUGUUUGCAAAAGGUGCUACUGGAGAUCACGUUUAUACAUUUUGUUACACGGCAGAAAGUGAAGACUUCGGAGCACAAGAUGCAGCCGAGCUUGACAUGUGGGUUUUUGAUCAUGUUAAGAGCUUCUUUAAUUCUUCCAGAAGUAAUCAAACGUUGUUCUCUGCACUGAAUGAAGAGAAAGUGGUUCUGUUCCUGCAUUUGCUAGGCAUAGACACAAAUGGACAUGCUCAUCGGCCAAACUCAAGGGAAUACAAGGAGAAUAUUAAAAAAGUUGAUGAGGGUGUAAAAGAAAUUGCUUUGAUGAUUGAUGAUUUCUAUGGAAAUGAUGGAAAAACUGCAUUUAUUUUAACUUCUGACCAUGGAAUGACAGAUUGGG